AUGGUGAAGAGUGGUUCCCCAUUGGACGCGAUUGCUAUUUGUGGCCCCUCAGGCGUGGGGAAAGGAGCGCUUCUUGGCCGCUUGCUGAAGGACUUUCCGGAUCGCUUUGGCUAUUCCGUCUCGCACACGACAAGGCCGCCGCGUGAAGGUGAAGAAAAUGGACGCGAGUAUCACUUUUCUGAUCGUGCCACUGUAGAACGCAUGCAGGACGAAGACGAGUUCAUUGAGCUCUGUGAGGUGCACGGGAAUUUGUAUGGCACUAGCGCGAAAGCGAUGGCGGCGGUGCGGGACACCGGAAAAGUUUGCAUCCUCGAGGUGGACAUCAAAGGCGUCCAAAAGAUACGCGAUAAGGAGUCGCUGAAUGCGCUGUACAUUUUUGUUACUUCCCCAUCGAUGGAGGAGCUGCGCGAGCGCAUUCGGAAGCGGGGGGCGGACAACGAGGAGGUCCUUCAACGACGUCUCCGCACUGCUGAGGAGGAGUUGCGGUUCGUUGAAGAAAACCCCACCUUUUUUUCGCACAUUAUCCUCAACGAGGACCUUGAUGCGGCGUACGAGGAGCUACAUCGAAUUCUCGAAGAGGCGUUUGAGACGUGUAACAUGCGUGGUCUGAGGCGGAUCUCCAGGGAAGCCGGCGGAUAA